UCACUUUUUCGGUGGAGAUCGGAGCUCUCGAGAUUUGAAGGAGUUUGAACGAGAGACAGGGAGAGAGAGAGAGACCGAGCUUCCCGCCUCGAUUCGUUUGUCUAGCACCUAUCAGUAUUCAGCCAGGCGCAGUUCAUUGCUCGGGCGUUUGUGAGGUUUAGCGAUGGCUCGUACUAAGCAGACAGCGCGUAAGUCGACAGGAGGAAAAGCUCCCCGUAAGCAGCUCGCAACCAAGGCUGCGAGGAAAUCUGCACCAACAACAGGAGGAGUGAAGAAGCCUCACAGAUACAGGCCUGGAACCGUUGCUCUCCGAGAAAUCCGCAAGUACCAAAAGAGCACUGAGCUCCUCAUCAGGAAGCUACCCUUCCAGAGACUGGUUCGUGAGAUUGCCCAGGACUUCAAGACCGAUCUACGUUUCCAGAGUCAUGCAGUUCUUGCUUUACAGGAGGCUGCCGAAGCUUAUCUCGUUGGUCUUUUCGAAGACACCAACUUGUGUGCCAUUCACGCGAAGCGCGUGACGAUAAUGCCCAAGGAUAUUCAGCUGGCUAGGCGUAUCCGCGGAGAGAGGGCUUAGGGUUCACUAGAGAAUUGCAGAAUUUUGUACAGUGGAAAUCGUGAGGUUUUCUCCUUGGCCCCAAUGCGACAUCAUUACUUUGCAUGCAUUUGGAGGCAUGUCCGGAUGGAUCGUUCUGUGCGGCAGAUUAGGUCAUUCUACCUACUGUUUAGUCGCUGAUGUUUUAGUAGACUGCUAGCUCAAUGGAAAUUGGGACAAUCUCAUACUACGGUGGGAUCAAUCGAAAAUAGUUCGUGCCCGAAGACAUCGUGAUUUUUGUAUGUACAUAAUAAGUAAAGGAUAAUAAAUCCUGACAAUUAUACAUCAAUUCCACGCAUUUCAAAUUC